AUGCCUCCAGCAAAACGAAGACGUGGAAAUGGUCCGGCUGAACAGCCUGAUCUCAAAGAACUUAUUGAAACAAAUAUAUUUCAACUGCUACACAAGAGAUCAAGACAACGGUUCACAAUCUUGAAAAGCAAGUGGGAAAUGUGUCCAAAACGAUUUUGGAGAAAAUUGAAAAGAUUGAAAGUCGAAUGGACCGGCAGAACAGCUCCAAGGUUUCUGGGAAUCAAACGCAACGAGGAUUAUCUCCUAGCUUACUUGGCAUUGAAAAAGAAGCCAAACGCGGAGAAAAUCUAUGUUGAAACGUCUCAGGAGAUUUCGAUAAGUGUUGAAAACCGAGAUCGGAUUUCGAAAACGGUUGAGAAUCGUUUCAAGAGUGGCGGCGUUUUAAUGUACCGACUUCUCACUUGGAAAGAUAUGGAGCAACGAUAUGUGAGAGACGGAGGUGUCCAUCUGGAAAUCGGAGUGAAGGUUAACAAAAUGGAAGGCCCAAUUCGAUCGAAAUUCCAUCAAUUCGGCGUUAGCAAUGAGAAGUUCUCAAAUGUCAUUCUGAAUGUUGAUGGGCACAAGUUUUAUGUGUUGAAAGAGCUCCUAUCAAUGCACUCUUCCUACUUCGAAAAGCUUUUCACUGGAGGAUUCCAAGAAUCCGAGAAACCAGAAGUCACACUUAAAGAAGUGGAUCCUCAGCAUUUUCAAAUCUUCUUGGAGCUAAUUCACGGAUAUUCAGCGCUUGAUGACUCUACCGUCGAAGGAAUUCUUUUGUUGAAUGAUAUCUACGACGCGAAAAUUGUUAGGGAGAAUUGCAUUGCAUUUUUUAUGGAAGGUUCAGAUAUGACGGCGGCUAAAAAGCUGCAAUUGGCAUCGCGUUAUCAGAUUGAUGGGUUGGCGAAAAAAACCAUAUCGGAAAUCAAGAAUGCGGAGGAGUACCGUAGUUUGGUGGCGGAAGGAAAGGAUGAUUUCAGUCCGCCGAUUCUCAAAGCAUUGCUCGACAAAGCAUUGACUUUUACGAUUUUGUGA